CGGGUAACAGCGACAAAUGCGUUUCGUAAGAUGUCACGGUAGAUAGCAUCCUCGGUGUAAAAAGAGCCAGCAAGAUCCUGUGUUGUCAUCUUAUGCUCCCUUCAUCACAAAGACAAAAUCAAUAGACGUCCAGUGAAUGAAUGGACAUCCACAUCCACAUCCACACCAAGCCUGGGAUGCUGCUCUGUGUCAGUUUAAUCAGGAUCCUCUGAACUCCUGCAUUGUGGUGAUAGCAAAGCUCUGAAAAUCCAGCAAUGUUGGCCCGGAAAGGCCUGGUGCCUGAAGGAUUUCUGUUGACACGCCUGGCUGAAGAUGCCACCCAGCCUAACCGCUUCCGUAGCAAAUCACAGCGUGCUCGCUUUAUCACCAAAAGUGGAUCAUGCAACGUUGCUCACAAGAACAUACGGGAGCAGGGUCGGUUUCUUCAGGAUGUUUUUACCACUAUGGUGGAUCUUAAAUGGCAGCACUCACUCCUUAUCUUUACCUCAGCAUUCCUCUGCUCGUGGAUGCUCUUUGCCAUGAUGUGGUGGCUCCUGGCCUUCGCUCACGGUGAUCUGGAGCCACGAGAUCCCACUGAGCCUGGACCUGUUCCCUGUGUUACUGCCAUCCACUCCUUCACUUCAGCAUUCCUCUUCUCCAUCGAGGUGCAGGUGACCAUUGGUUUUGGUGGGAGGAUGGUCACAGAAGAGUGUCCACUGGCCAUUGUAGUCCUGAUCAUCCAGAACAUUUUGGGCCUCAUCAUCAACGCUGUCAUGCUGGGCUGCGUGUUCAUGAAAACAGCUCAAGCCAAUCGCAGAGCAGAGACGCUCAUCUUCUCCCGUAACGCUGUUAUCGCGCCGCGCAAUGGCAAACCCACGUUCAUGUUUCGUGUUGGAGACCUGAGGAAGAGUAUGAUCAUAUCAGCUACCAUUCAGAUGCAGGUGAUUCGCAGGACAGUGACGGCAGAAGGGGAGGUGAUUCCAGUCUGCCAACUUGACAUCCAGGUGGAAAACCCACUCAGGAGCAAUGGCAUCUUCCUUGUCUCGCCCCUCAUCAUCAGUCACACCAUUGAUAGAGGAAGCCCCCUGUAUGAGCUUUCUGCCCAGUCGCUGGCCACUGAGGAUCUGGAGAUCAUAGUUAUACUGGAAGGCGUUGUGGAGACUACUGGCAUCACCAUGCAGGCACGCACAUCCUACACACCGGAGGAGAUUCUCUGGGGACGCCGCUUCGUGUCCAUCAUGACAGAAGAGGACGGCCGCUACUCUGUGGACUACUCCAAAUUCGGUAACACGGUGCCCGUGCGGAUGCCCGCCCUCAGCGCUAAGGAGCUGGACCAGACGAGAGGGGUGCAGGACAACGGCCCUCACGAGGGUAAGCCUCAGGGCUGGGGACUGGUGCGGGCCGGACGAGGCGGCUACAGGAGAAGCGCGGGCCGGGCCUGCGAGGAUAACCCAUCCCGGCCGUGGUACGCUCCAGCAGAAAAAGACGAGCAGGAGAAAAGUAAAGAAAAGAACGGGCAGAAGAAGACAGUGAAAUUAGAGGAAAUAGGGAGAGAGCUGGAGGAGGCGACCAUGGAGGAUAUGAGUGAUUAAAUAUGUAAUAUACUGUAUAUAUAGGACAUGGAUGUGCAGAUUAUAUAGUAUAGCUACUUUAUCAGAAAGCUUUUAAUGAUGUUAUUUUUAUAUUGGUUUGGGAAGAUUGGACAGUAAAGCAGUUGAUUUUUUUUAAUGAACUGUAAUUUUCCUUUUCUGUUUACACUACUGGAUAUUUGUAUUUUAUACAAGCAGCUGUAGUUGGUGUGACUUUAUCUCCACUCACCCCCCUUUUUUAACUCCAUUGUCUUUGUGUUGUGGUUGUGUACUUGUACCUGCCAUCUGUGUUCUAUUGCUUCAAUUUUAUGAAUCAAUAUUAUUAUAACUGUUUUUGAAUAUCACUUUAUUUAAAUGUAGUGUGUUUUGGUAGCGUUAUUGUUGUGAACGUGUGCAAUUACCUAAACCAGUCCCUCACCAUUCAAGACUUGUUUUUCCAUUGCUACUGAUAUUUGGAUGUCUAUCCAUUCUCUUAUUUAUUUUACCUUAUUUAUGGUACAAAUAAAAUUUUAUGGUUUUUUUCUUUAA